GUUUAAUUCAUUACCAUAAAACAUAAUAAGAUACGACGAAUAUUAAAAUGUUUAUAACUUUUACAAACAACUCUAUUAUUUAUAAGCAUACAAAGAUAACAAAAUAUAAAACAAAUAAAAAUACAAAAUUCACCCUCCACCCACCACCUACCAUCCUUUCAAAACCCUAACCGGAGAUAUGCAAUCAACAAGCAGAGCAGAGGCGGAGCGGUUACUCGGAAUCGCCGAAAAACUCCUUCAAUCCAAAGACCUCAACGGCUCUCGAGACUUCGCUCAUCUCGCUCAGGAAACCGAGCCUUUACUCGACGGUUCCGAUCAGAUCUUAGCCGUCGUCGACGUCCUCCUCGCCGCCGAGAAGCAGAUCCACAAUCAACCGAACUGGUACGCCGUUCUCCAACUCGACGGCCGGCAAAACGACGACGAAUUGAUCAAACGCCAGUACCGCAAACUAGCUCUUCUUCUUCAUCCAGAUAAGAACAAGUUUCCGUUCGCCGAUUCUGCUUUCAAACUUGUGGCGGACGCCUGGGCGGUUGUUUCAGACCCGGAGCGUAAAUCGGCGUACGAUAGCAAGCUGUUUGCGUUUGAAAAAGUAGAUCUGGAGAAAGAGAAACAGAAACAGAAUCAGAGAUCUGAAACAACGCCGAUCAUGCAGCGCGAUAAGAUUCCGGUGAGAAGGAAUCCGGCGGACGGCGGAACAACGGCGGCGAAUCAGACGGAAACAACUGCAACAGCAACAGCAACAGCGACGGAAACAACGGCGAAGGUGAAUAUAUGGACGGCGUGUCCGUACUGUUAUAACUUGUAUGAAUAUCCUAAAAUCUACGAAGGAUGUUGUUUGAGAUGUGCGAAUUGUAAACGAGCGUUUCAGGCGGUGGCGAUACCUCCGGCGUCGUUACCGCAGACGAUUCCAGGUAAGGAAGCGUAUUAUUGUUGCUGGAGUUAUUUUCCGAUGGGAUUCGCGAUGGCGAACAGUGAGACGGCGAAAUCUCUGACGAUACCUAACUGGAUGCCGCCGAUUGUUCCGACGAAUGUUAAAGCGUGGCCGGUGGCUGAUUCGUUGCCGAACGGUAGUAGUGUGCCGUUGGCGGAGCCUGGUGAGGCUAUUGCUGCCUUUACGACGCUGGUAGCUCCGCCGAAGCCGAUUUUGCAGAAGACGACGGUGGCUCCGCCGAAACCGACGUCGACGCCACCGACUGCCGGAGCUACGGUUCCGAGAAAGAGAGGUAGGCCGAGGAAGAGUUCGCUGCCGUAGAAAGUAGUUCUAGGGUUUCUGUGAAUCCUGUGAAAUGAUGAUGAUGAUGAUCGGAAUUUAUUCGAAUUUUCUAGAAUUGAUAAACAAGAUGAAGAAGCUGCAACUGAAUCAGGAAAUUAGGGUUUUUUUUUUUUUUUUUAAUUUUGUUAUGUUCUUUUUCUUCUGUGUGUUGAAUUGUAGAACCCUAACUUGUGUUGUUAGAUGUUAAAUUAUCAUGUAAUUUUUCAUAGAUCCGUAUGUUAAGGUGUCAAACAACA